AUGCCCUCGCUGUAUCUCCACACGUCCUCCACCUCGACAGCCAAAAACUGGUCGCUGCCUAGAGCCGCCACCAGGCCGGACUUGAUGCAGAGAGGCCGACGGAGCCCGCCCCUAGCGGCCAGCCCAAGAUGCGCCCCUUCCGCAUCCGCACCGCGCCUCGCCGGCACCCCUGCCAGAGUGCCUGAAACCGCGCCAACGCCCACAGCGCGACCUCGCCACACAUGCGACGCGAACCGCCGCCCCUUGCCACCUCGCACGAUCCACGCGACAGCUUCUGCAGAUCUGCGUGCACCACAUUUUGGCGCCCCUGUCGCAACCUCGAGUGACCGCGUCGCUCCUUGCCGUCGUCAGAUCGACGAACCCCUUGACGGCGUCCCUGAAUGCCAAAUCCCGCGCUGCUUGAGGCCGCCACGAGCCAACCGACGCGCCGCCCAACCGACGGCGCUUUUCUAG